AUGCCAGCACAAUCGUGGGAGGAUCUCGUUAGCACUUUGGAAUCUGCUCAACGUUCAGGAUCGCACGCACCUGUAAUACGCCAUGCUACUUCAACCUACGACCAUUUGCUUGCGAAGCUUGUGAAGAUACUGGAGAUUCGAGUGCGUUCCUUUGUCGAGAUAGGAGAGUUUGAGAAGGCACAAGAAGACGCAACGAAGAUCCAGCAAUGGAAACCAGAGUCAGUGGAUGGAUAUCUUUUAUCGGGCAACAUUUACGCACAAUAUGGCUAUCACCGCAAGGCCAUGGAUGUAUACAACAAGGGGCUAGCUUCCGUAUCAACAUCCAAUCCAGAUUAUCAGCGGCUUGUUCAAACAAAGUCUGCAUCGGUAGAGCAAAGCGACAAAACUAUCGACUUUAUCAAACGGCUCCCGCUCGAACCUGUCGCCAACAUUUUAAGGAUGGUCGUGAAUGAUGAGCCUUUCGAUUGUGCCAACACACCUCUUUUGCAUGUAUCAAAGACAUGGAAUGAAAAGAUUCUUCAGCUAGUCCCAUUGCAUUUCAGAAUCACCGACGCGAGCUGUCUUGACGAUGGAAAUGAUUUGAUCACUUAUGAGUCCAAUGUCCAAUCACUGGAUUUUCUGUACAGCGUCAUGUAUUACAAGCGGUUGUUCAAGAAAGCAACCUUUUCUAAUCUUAAGCGUUUAUAUCUCGAAGAUCUCGGCCCACAGUUGAAAAAUGUAUUAGCCAAAUUGGUCCGCUACUAUGGUAGAAAACUCGAGCAAUUGGUUAUCGAAGCUGCUGUGUCAAGGAGGGGUGACUCUAUUUUGGAUUUGGAUUGCAUCAGAGUAGCGUGUCCCAAAUUGAUAUCGUUCACUUGUCGGGGCGCAGCCAAGAUGGAUAUUGCAUUUGAGAACAAGAACCAGUGGUCAUCGUUACGAUCAUUGGCGAUUCACGUGGAGCUUACCAAUUCAUCACAAAGCAUCAUCGAUAUGUUUGAACGAUUGCCCUAUAUCGAGGAUCUUUCAUUAUCUUCAUUCGUAUCAUCCCGCACUUUGGUUGAGACGGUGCCUUGGUGUCCUUACUUGCGUUAUUUGGCACUGGGUCCAGAGACCAUCUUACCAACAACCUACGUGGAUCGAAGCAAAGUGGGUCUUCAAGUACUCGAUUUGUCCAUCACAGAAACAUCUCAUGUGCUUGAGUUGUACAGUACCAAGGAUAUUGCAUCGAUUUUACAUGCGCAUGCCAGCACACUUGUAGCAUGCCGGUUGCAUUUGCUUGAUCUUCGUCCCCAGCCAGAGGGUUUACAAUUGGAUGCGGAUAUCUGUUUUGAGCGGCUGGUACGAUUCGAUUCUAUACCCAUGGAAAGUCCCCAUCAUAUCGCUAUCACGGAUUGGAUCAUUACUCGAGCACCCAAUCUCCAAGAGGUUCACCUGGAUCCAAGUGCCAUCAAUGAAAACAUUAUUCAAGCCUUGAUUCAUCGCCAACGACUCCAUACGCUCAAUGUGCGGGUGAAUCCUGAUCACGUGCCCCUUUUACAAACUUUGGCUGCCCAUCAUCGAGACUUGGGUGCUCAAUCAUCAUCCUUGACCACACUCGAGCUUUGCAUUACUGAAUCCUGGGAAGAGAUCGUGGAUGAUUUGCUUUCAAUCUCUCAAUUGCCUUGCAUCAAGACUCUCAAGCUGAAUAUUUCUGGUGUUUCAGAUCGCACAUUGGCUCGUUUUAUCAACGCAUUCGCAACCACAUCACCGCAAUUAGAAUGCUUCAAGUUAAUCUCCAGUGAUCCUAAUUGGGUAUUUUACGAAACGUUGGCCGAAUUAUCCCAGUUCCCGAACCUCAGACACUUGAUGCUCGAAGGUUACAACUUUAAGGAUGGUAUCAGGUCUUCACUGCAAUGUCGUCACUUGCAAACGAUAGAGCUUUGUACUCAUGAUGCUCCAUCCAUGCGUGUGGCUUCAUCAUUGAAAGAUGUGUUCCCAUUCUUAAAGGUGUCACCUAGACGACAAUCAAUUGUGGAGGAAACCGAGGUACAAGGAUAA